UUUAAUUCAAAGCAGGAGCAACUGUAGGAAGCAGAGCCAGAGCCGUAGCGGUCUCGGUUUGUUGUGCUUUGAGUGCUUUCCGAUUCGAUCCCGUGCGCAACAAAUCGCGAGCAUUCCAUUGUUGCCUAUUCCCUAUUAUCCCUCUUUCGCUGCCGCUCCUUGGGAUAGCACCCUAAUGCUUGUUGCCGGUUGCCGGCAACUUCACUCGUUACAACGAGGAAAAUGGCGCUGUCUUGUGCUAUUUCUAAUGAGGUGCCGGAGCACCCAGUAGUAUCGCCUGUCUCUGGAUCGAUAUUCGAGAAACGUCUUGUGGAAAAAUAUGUGACUGAGAAUGGAGUGGAUCCUAUCAAUGGCAAAGAACUUACUAUUGAACAGCUUAUUGAUAUUAAAACAACUCCAAUUGUCAAACCUAAACCACCUAGCGCAACUUCCAUUCCAGCGAUAUUAAAAAACCUACAAGAUGAAUGGGACGCUGUUAUGUUACAUUCAUUUACAUUGCGACAACAACUUCAGACUGCGAGGCAAGAAUUAUCUCAUGCCUUAUACCAGCAUGACGCAGCUUGUCGUGUUAUUGCUAGAUUGACAAAGGAAGUUACUGCUGCUAGAGAAGCUCUAGCCACUCUCAAGCCACAAGCUGGAAUUGUUCAAGCCGCUACAAUCCCACAACCUGCUGUGGCAGUUGAAGCUGGUGGCACAGCAGCUCAACCAAUGGAACAAGCUGGCAUCACCGAAGAUGUAAUUCAGAAAUUACAAGAGCGAGCAACCGUUCUCACUCAGGAGCGAAAGCGACGUGGACGCUCAGUACCAGAGGAUCUGAUGCCUCAGGAUAGUAUCCGAUCAUUCCAGACUCUCGCGUCGCAUCCUGGACUGCAUUCUGCUAGUGUACCUGGAAUCUUGGCACUUGAUAUUCAUAGUGCAGACACUAGCAAGAUCUUAACAGGUGGUGCUGACAAGAAUGCUACCGUUUUCAACAAGGAUACUGAACAAGUAGUGGCAAUUCUCAAAGGUCACACAAAGAAGGUUACACGAGUUAUUUAUCAUCCAGAGGAAGACAUAGUAAUGACCGCAUCACCUGAUACUACGAUUCGCGUGUGGAAUGUUGGCACCAGUCAGACGACUUUGUUAUUGAAGGCUCACGAUGCUCCAGUAACCGGAUUAUCUUUACAUCCGACUGGCGAUUAUCUGUUAAGCUCAUCUUUAGAUCAGCAUUGGGCCUUCUCGGACAUACGCACCGGCAGAUUAUUGACUAAAGUGGCAGGACAAACAGGACAACCGCUGACCACGGCGCAGUUUCAUCCCGAUGGUCUAAUUUUCGGUACUGGCACGGCAGAUUCUCAGGUCAAGAUCUGGGACUUGAAAGAGCAAUCUAAUGUUGCAAAUUUCCCGGGCCACACCGGCCCGAUUACAGCGAUCAGUUUCUCCGAGAACGGAUAUUACUUGGCGACCGCCGCAGAGGACUCGUGCGUCAAACUUUGGGACUUGCGCAAGCUAAAGAACUUUAAGACUCUACAGUUGGAAGAAUCUUACGAAGUGAAGGACAUCUGCUUCGAUCAAAGCGGAACUUAUCUAGCUGUAGCAGGAACGGACGUGAGAGUAUAUCUCUGUAAGCAAUGGCAAGAACUGAAAGUUCUGAACGAUCACACGGCGGCGGCUACUGGCGUUCGUUUCGGAAAACACGCACAGUACAUUGCAUCCACCAGCAUGGACAGAACUCUGAAGCUCUAUGGAUUGACAUAAAUAGAGAACUUGAAAUAUAUAUUAUAAAUUUCACAUAUUAUUUAAUAUUAUAUUAGAUAAUUCUAAAUGUAUCUAAUGGAACUGAAUCAAUCUUGAUUUAAUGACUCGAUUUGUUGAAUUUCUUUUAUACGAUAAAGUCUCCUUAAAAUUAAUUUUACUACACAAUAAUCUGCUGUAUGUUUGUGUACGCAUCUAUAUCUGCGCGCGCUUGAUUGUUCGUAGAACAAAUACUAAUCUGCACACUUGGGACGACAGCUCCAUAUGCGCAUAAAUACACAAUUGGUCUUUGCGCUAUAACUAAGA